CUCUUUAAAUGCAGCUAAUUCCAACAUAUGAAAUUCCAGCGCUGGGGAAAAGAAAGUCCGGGCGGGGAUUCUCCAGGAAGGUGAGCGGAGAGAGCGCUUGGGGAGAGAAACGCGUGCCGCGGGGGACUGAGUGUUGACGCUCUCGGGGGCCCCGCAGAACUCAGCGGCCGCCGAUGUGACGCUGGCUGGGAGGCAGGUGGAGAGAGCGGUCCCUGACCACAGCCAGGAUUGGCCCCUGGAAGGACCUCGGAGAGCUCCGGCCGCUGCGCACGCACCUCAGCCCGCUCAAGCGGGGGCAGAAGGUGAAUAUAAGCCGGGCGAGCCGACGGGAGGAGGUAGUGAGGGUUGGGAGCCGCGGGGAGGACAGACGCUCCUAGAGGCAGCAGCAGCGGAGCCCAGGUGGGCGCCUCCAGGACUGGGACCGUCCCUGCACCAGCGAGAGGCGGCUCCUUGUCCCACCGCAGCCCAGCGGUGCUGGAGUCUCCCUGCCGGCUGGGGCAGCGCCGCCCGCUCCCUGGGGGUCUGGGCUCGUUCUGCUCGGCCUGAUGUGCCCCACGGCGGGCACGGGAAGGGGCGCCCCGCCUGCCAGCGCCUCCCUGCGGGAGCUGCCUGCGCUGGGCACCUGAAGCGGCAGCCGCCGCGCUGCCCGUCGCGGCUGUCUAAGCUGCUGCCUCCCGGGCUAGACUACGUGCCGAGCAUGUGCUUUGCAGGCGAGGGGGACCCGUGCCAGCCACCGGCGCGUAGCUCCUGAUCGCAGCCUCUGGGUGGGCGGAGAGAGACCCGCUCCCUCCAGCCUCCCCCGGCCAUGGGAUGGACGCCCCGUGCGAGCCCAGUUACUGCUCGCUCGCCGUCAGCAUGAAGGACGCCGGGGAGGGAGCGUCCCUGGCCGGGCAGUUCGGCAACGGGACCAACGAGUCCCUGCAGGAGCUCUUCAGGAGCAUCAACCUGGAGCGAGCCGACGGGCUGCAGGGGGACAGCUCCGCCGUCCUGCGCAUCGUCAUCUCCAGCGUCUACUCGGUGGUGUGCGCCCUGGGGCUGGUGGGCAACCUGCUGGUGCUCUACCUGAUGAAGAGCAAGCAGGGCUGGAAGAAAUCCUCCAUUAACCUCUUCGUGACCAGCCUGGCGCUCACCGACUUCCAGUUCGUGCUGACGCUGCCCUUCUGGGCGGUGGAGAACGCCCUGGACUUCACCUGGCUCUUCGGCAAGGCCAUGUGCAAGAUCGUCUCCUACGUGACGGCCAUGAACAUGUACGCCAGCGUCUUCUUCCUCACCGCCAUGAGCGUGGCCCGCUACCACUCGGUGGCCUCGGCGCUGAGCAGCCGGCGGGGCAGCGCCGGGUGCUGCUCGGCCAAGUGGCUCUGCCUGCUCAUCUGGGGCGCGGCCAUGCUGGCCUCCCUGCCCCACGCCAUCUUCUCCACCACCGCCACCGUCUUCAACGAGGAGCUCUGCCUGGUCAAGUUCCCCGAGGGCCGGGGCAACAGCGCCCAGUUCUGGCUGGGCCUCUACCAGGCCCAGAAGGUGCUGCUGGGCUUCGUGGUGCCGCUGGCGGUCAUCAGCCUCUGCUACCUGCUGCUGCUGCGCUUCCUGGGCGAGCGCCACGUGGGCCGGGCCUGCGGCGGGCCCAAGCGGCGGGCCAAGGUGACCCGCUCGGUGACGGUGGUGGUGCUCUCCUUCUUCCUCUGCUGGCUGCCCAACCAGGCGCUCACCGCCUGGGGCAUCCUGGUCAAGCUCAACGUGGUGCACUUCAGCCCGCAGUACUUCCUCUCGCAGGCCUACCUCUUCCCCGUCAGCGUGUGCCUGGCGCACUGCAACAGCUGCCUCAACCCGCUGCUCUACUGCUUGCUGCGCCGCGAGUUCCGCGCCGCCCUGCGCCGCCUGCUCUGGCGCCUGGCCUCGCCCUCGCUCACCGCCACGCGCCCCUUCACCGCCACCACCAAGCCCGAGCCCGAGGAGCAGGCGCUGCGCGCCCUGGUGCCCGCCAGCCCGCUGCCCCCCGCCGCCGCUCCCCAGCCCGAGCUCCUCUACUACCCGCCCGGCGUGGUGGUGUGCAGCGGCCGCUGGGACGUGCUGCCCAGCAGCUCCGCCGAGCAGCGCUGCUGAGCCGCAGGGGGGCCUGGGAGCGAUGGAGGGGGAGGCUGGGUGCGGACAAUGGCCACGGGAUGGGCUCCAGGGAGUGUCCCAGGCCUGGAGGGCGAUGGAAGGGGUGUCUGUGAGGGAUGGGCUCUGGGGACUGGCCCAGCUGUGGAG